CCGCUCUCGCUCUUCAUCUUCGCCGUCGUCGACCAUGUCCAAUUCACUGGGCCUAGAGAAUCUACGCAUAGAUGAGACAGCGGAGGGCAAGCCUGCCGAGCAGGGCAAUGCUAAACCACAGGCUGGGGCAUCGAAGCCGUCUAUGGAAACAACCCCGGAGAAACCAGUAGAACAAGCUGCAGGCGAGGAGCCCGCCGAGGAGCAAGCUGAGGACAAGGCGGAAGCUGAGGGUAAGGAGAAGAAAGAGAAGAAGACGCCCUAUGUAAACCCAGAUCGCGUCAAGACUGGCGGAGCGCAGAGGGACAAGCUGAGUGAAGAUGAGCUUGCUCAACGCAUGGUACGCAUCAGGGAACAGAACGAGAAGAUCAAGCAGCGUCGAGCGGACGUAAAAGCAGAUGAGGACGCGUUCAAGAAGACACAAGAAGCGGAACGCGCCAGGCUUGCCAGAACGAAGAAGGUCCAAGAGCAUGUCGAUCGCGCGCGUGAACAGAACGCGCAACGUAAGAUGGACAAGCUCCAGACUCGGGAGUGGGACUCCGGGAAGAAGGUUCCUCCCUCUGGCAAACAGGCAUCCAACGGCGGAGCCAAAACUGAGGGAGAGCCACAGUCUCCCACCUCCCCUGGUAGAGGAAGGGGUGUUGGUCGUGGCAGAGGUCGCGGCGACGGCGGAAGGGGACGAGGGAGAGGCAGCGCGUCUCAGAAAGAGGCUGCUAGUGAGAGCCCCUCGACUCCCGCUGCAGAGACUCCAGCCACAACGGCUACCGAAGCAGUGCCUGCUUCAUGAUUAACCCCAUUGUUGCGCUACUAAACUAGCAGUCUAUCUGGCCUGGACGCCUGCUUGUAAAUACCCAAACCGCGACACAGCGGCCAUAUGCACAUGCUCGAUUGCAUGCGCCCAUCCCGUGUAUGUCUCUCCCUUGUAAUCCUCGAGUCAUGGCUUCUCAUGUCCGGAUGGUAAUUUUAUGUGUUUACGAACUGCGACUCAUUGUAUGCGCCGUGUCUCGCUGUCUUCGUCGUUCCUCGUCCUUGCAUGUUGUCGAAUUCACGCUCUGGUAUAAUACGUGAUCUUUUGAAGUUUGUACGCGUCGGAAGGAAAUAUACC